AUGAAGAGGCGGUGCGACUUGCUUGAGGUUCACAGCGUGGCGGCCCGACCGCACAAGCGAGGCGGCACCGAGACAACGCGGGAGCACCACUUUCCUCUCUACUCGCACCCUAUGUUUCGUGCCGCGCGGCACAACGCAAAUGCGGUGCAGGAUGCCGUUGCGGAACAAUCCGACCGCGUCGAUCCAGGCGCGCUCGACGCGGCUCUUGAGAACAUGGUGACACAGCUCGUGGAACAGCGGCUGAGUCGGCACGAGGCCGAAGGGGACACAUCUCCCACCCUUGCAAAGAAGAAUUUUAUCGUCACCGAGAGUGAACUGCUAGCGCUCCUCGCCGAAGCGACACACGCCACGCCACUGUCACCGCGCCCACAGCAACCGCCGUCGGCAUUUCCGCCCAGUAGACCAGAGGCGAUCGCGGCGCUCGCCGCUGCAGCCGCCGCGUCCUCGCCACCACCGCAGCAAGGGCCGUUCAUUCCGAAUCAGGGCUACCACACCACACACCCUCCUCUGCAGUCCAACGGUGACGCUGAGCGCCGCGCGGGGCCACCGCCGCGCACCCAGGCUUCACUCUUCAGCGGUGCAGCCUCGGCCUUAGGUGGCGACGAGCCGGACGAGCUCAACGUUGUGUCGGUCGGCGCCCUUCAGCAAGCUGCUCUAAGAAGUCUCGGGCACAUGGACGAACAAGCGGCGCCGCGUCUCCCGCCUCUGUCCGAAAGUGUGGCAUCGACGACUUCGGGUCCGACGACAAAGCAGCGGCAUCCUCCUACGAUGCCGCUCUACUCACUGCUCCCGUGCCUGGUGGCUUCACCAGGGCUGACGGCGGCGUCGGUGCUUCCGGCCAUCGUUUCUUCAUCCCUGAACCCGUCACCGUCUUCAGUGACGUUCCGUGAAAUGGACCGCUGCCCGGGUACCGGCACUGGCCUCGUCGCACAGCAGUCUGUGGACGCGCAGCAGCUUCACCAAGUCCCCGACGCCGUCUUCGCCGCCAUGGACGUGCUCAUGGACGGCAACAACUGCUGCAUGCGGCGGCGAAAGCGCCUGGUAGCGACGAACGGGAACAAGGCUGAAUCACUCUCGCUGAAUCCGAGGUGCCUUCCCGGAAGCGGAGGCGGCGCUUCAGGAGGCUCCUGCUUCGCCUUCGGAUGUGGCAGCAAGGGUGCGAGUCUCAACCGCAUGUACGUCCCUGUAGCGCAGAACACGCUGCCUGCCCCACCGCCGCCACGCACCGCCUCGGAGGCGAAGGCGCGCCGCAUCCUGGAGGGCCAGCGGCGCAAGCAGCGGCUGCACGAUCAGCAGCAGCAUCUUGUGUCCAACUCCUUUUCGCUGGCUGGCGGCGGUAACACCGCGCCGCUCAGCUCCUCCCUCGUCGAGUUUCGCAGCGACACUACCAGUCUACCAACAGAGCCUUUCAGAUGGCGUCACAUAGACCGGUCGGGCUCACGGACCCACAGCAGUGCACACCCGGCGCCGCUCCCCGCCGCCUCUUCUGUGAGCCGAAGCGCCGCUGUGGUGGUCGGGACCGCCUCGACUCUACCGCUUACCCAAGAGGCCUCACUGACCUUCACUCUUCGUGACAUUGCAGGUGAGCCCGUGUACAUGCAGGCCAUCAGCGCUGCGAACCGCUGUUGGCCCGCGUCUUUGAUCUGA